AUGGCCUCGUCCGCAAUGCCCUCGGGGCAGGUCAACAUGCAAGAGUACGCUGGCGACGACAUCAACGCCCUCAUCCUCGAUCCCGGCUCUCACACCACUCGCGCGGGCUUCGGCGGGGAGGAUGUGCCCAAAUCCGUCUGUCCCACGAGCUACGGCCUGCUCGAGGAUGGCAGCAAAGUAUUCGGCGAAAAUGGCAUCCACAACCCUAAACCCGGCAUGGAGAUUCGCACGCCCUACGACGGCGAUGGCAUUGUCGAGGAUUGGGAUACAGCGACGGCAUUGUGGCAGUACGCCMUCACCUCCCGCUUGACGGGCGCCAAACAGACUCCUCCGAGUAAGAAUGGGCUGAAUGAUGACAAGGACGAGGGGGGAGACACCAACAUGGAGGAGGCGGCGGAGAAGAACGAGGUAGAGGACGAAGAGAGUGACCUGUUGGCUGAAUAUCCAUUAUUGAUGAGUGAACCCGCGUGGAAUCCCGUCAAGGCGAGGGAGAAGACCAUGGAGAUUGCCAUGGAGAAGUGGGGGGUACCCGCCUUCUUCCUGGCCAAGACGGGUCAAUUGGCAGCAUAUGCACAAGGCAAGGCGACGGCGUUGGUGGUGGAUGUCGGGCAUCAAAACACCUCCGUCACCGCCGUGUGGGAGGGAAUGGUGUUGAAGAAGAGCGUGCAUCACACUCCUCUCGCAUCCUCCUACCUCUCCUCCCAAAUUCGCGCCAUGUUCGCUUCCCUCCCCACUCCCGCCCCUCUGGUCCCCCAUUUCAUGGUCAAGUCGAAAUCCCCCGUCGACGCCAACUCUCCCUCCAACGCGAUCUACAACAAAUUCGACACGCCUCCCACCGCAUCCUACCGCGCGCUGGAAGAAGAGCGGGUCCUUACGGCUUUCAAGGAAUCCCUCUGCACCACCUGGCCCGGUCCCAACCGAUUGGAAAGCCCAACCGGCGCUCCCGGAGGCUACACUAAUGUCGACCAUGCAAAGCAACUACCGCCGAAGCCGUUUGAGUUUCCMGACGGAUGGAAUACGGUAUUUGGGGUGGAGAGAUUCAAGGUUGUAGAGGGCCUCUUCGAUCAAGCAGCCGCAUACCCCACUCCAGACUUCACCCCAACACCAGAUCAAACACUCACAUCCCUCUGCAAAAAGGCCAUUGAUGCCGUCGACGUCGACGCCCGGCCGCACCUCAUGAAUAACAUCAUUGUCACGGGCGCCGGUUCGUUGAUUGAGAAGUUGCCCGAUCGAUUACAAGCCGACCUACAAGCCAUCUACCCGAAUCCGAAAGUCAGAGUCCUGGCCGGAAGCAGUGUGGAGAGGAAGUUUGGUGCGUGGAUUGGAGGCAGUGUUUUGGGGAGUUUGGGCUCGUUCCAUCAGAUGUGGGUUAGUCGGAGUGAGUGGGAUGAAUUUGGCGCGGCGAUUGUGGAGAAGAGGUGUAAGUGA